AAAGAAUUUUGAUAAAUAUAUUAUUAAUCCUUCACCUGUAAUCUCUGAUUGGACAAUUCCGCAUAUACAUUUAAUCAAGUUAACAGCCACAAUUGAAGAAAAACCAACUAAAAUUGAUACCAAAUCACCAGCCGUCCUUAAAUAUCGAACGCCUCAUUUUGAAGCUAGGGCUACAGUUCAAAUUCCUUGUAUCGAAAGUGAGGUUGCCGUUCAAAUCGGUUGGAUUCAGACGUGUACUGAUAUGAUAUUUUUAAACACCUACGAUAAUAUUGGAGUGUCUGUAUUUAUAAAUUUUUAACGAUAUAUUUGUAUAUCUAUAAUAGAAAAGUUGUUUAAUAUAGGACAAGUUGGGAAUUUCCGGAAUUAGAUACAGAGAUGCGUCGAAUUUCGGCUAGAAAAGGUCGAUCGAUAGCAAUGAUAUCGGAUUCUGAUGGUAAACAUUAUCCAUGGUAUGGUGCAAAGACAGAAAUGAAAACUAUUCGUGGUCCAACUACAAAGCCAACAGAAGUUACUGUGGUAAUGGACGAUAAUUUUUUCCCCAAUGUUACUUGGUAUAUACCUGAGCAUACUUGGGGUAAACAACCUAGAUUACAGCAUAUCUAUAGAAAGCAGCAUUUCCUAACUUCUUUGGCUUUGAGGAUUAAUUCUAAAAUUCACGUUAUCAAAACAAUAGCUUGGCAUAUGGAAAUUGAAAUUGACGUUAAUCCCGAAAAGAGGCAAGCAUCGUUAGUUGGACCAUAUUAUCAAGAUCAGCCAGAACUAUUAAAAGAAGCGGUAAAAAUUUCACGUUCAGCUUUAAAUCCACCAAAUGCGAAUAAUUGUCAAACUUUAAUAUGGAGACCUUUCAAACCAGAAUUAGGUUCACCAACAAUAAUUGUACCUCCAAAAGAUUUUAAAAUACCAAUUGAUCAAUAUCUAAGCGAAACUAAGGAUAAAAUUCGUCAUUUUCACAAUUAUCUACCACUUCACCACGUAAUACACAAUUAUGUCGAACCAGCGGAAGAAGAUUAAAAAACGAAACAAUAAGGAAAAAGAACCAAUCAUAUUGUCUAUUUCCUCUAUCUUUCUUCCUUUAAUAAUUGUUUUUCUUUUUUUUUUCAAUUGAUAAAAUUUUCAUCACCUUGUUUCCAUCUUUUCAAGGUAACAAAGUACUCAGCCACAUUUCAAUUUUACCAUUUAGUAUUAUAGUAGACUAAGGAAAUAGUCGAUUUUUUUUCUUAUAUAUAUCUAUAUAUAAAUCUGACACAAACAAGAUAAAAGCUGUUGCAGA